AUGACCGAUGUCCCUUGGGAUGGAUCUUAUCCCUGGCGAAAAUCAGCAUUAAAACGCACGAUGCCGAACGGUGAUGAGUUCACCACCGUAAUCGAUCCUUCGGUUCCAGACUCGGAUACCCAAAUUGCUGGUCUGGCGGGCCUCGGUUUGAAUCGCACGGUUUUCUCUGUCGUGGUCACCACAAACGUGGCAUUUACACUCUUGAUGAUGGUACAGAAUGCGCAUCCGCUUAUUUUGAACAAGAAUGAGGUCAAGCUCCCCAAUCCAAAUGAUGUGUUCCAUAUCGUUUAUAAUGCUAUCGAAGGAAAUGGGUGCCGUACCUCAAGCUUUGAUGUUGGCAACAGUUGCACAAUUUCUUACCGAUGCAUGUUUGCUGGAGAAACAAAUGUUAUCAAGCCUAGCAGCGAUGCUGUUGCCAAAUCCUUACACGGCACUGCUGGUCUACAAGUGGCGAAGAGCUGGUAUGAGAAGACUACAUAUUCUUCUCAGUGGGGUAUUCCGAAGUAUUGGAUUGGGUGCAAAUAUCCGAGAAACGGUCAGAUUGUCAUCACUCAAGAUAAUUCCGUCCAAUCGCAGCUUUCUUUUGAGAUCACUUGCAAAGGAAGUUGGUUCUGCGAUGUUGCGUGUUCUGGAGUUACUGCUGGGAUGCUUUCUUUGGGCAGUGCCGCUGGUCUUGCUCCUGCUGAAGUUUUUGGUGCUUUGACUGCUGGUGCUUGUGGAGCAUUCUGUUAA